GCUGUAUUUAAUUGGAGAUUGAAAGGAAGUAAUAUAAACCAAGAUAUUGUAUUUUUUUUCUAACACACUGACGCUUAAAAAAUGCUUUAAUUUGUUUAAAGUAAUGAGUCAAGGAAUUUGAAACGACGUGUUGGCAUCAGAUCAUGUAGUUCUGAAGCUAAAUUUGGGCUGAGGAAAAUUGUGCAUGUGAGGUUAAAAACAAAGGGCAAACAGAGGUUGCUUUCUGUUGAAGCGGGGAGAUUUUGUCUUUGGGAAUCCUUCAGUGUAAAGGACUCAAUCUGAAAGCAAAAGGGUUUAAGAAGUCGCCUCUCCGCAUUUGAAGUUACGGCGGGGAUUGAAAUUGAAUGGGGAGAGUGUGGCGAGUGUCGAAUGAAAACUCUCAGGAAGGAGGGUAUCCUUAUCCCCAGAUGAAAGGUCUAAGGAACUGAUAAAGCGUGAGAUUGUCGCUGAGGACCUAACGUCAGUCAAAUGUAAAAGGAGCCUGCAGCAGGUCGGAGCUGCCUAUCUCUCGGCCUGCUUCUCUCUCCAUCCCGUUUAUUGCAAGGACUCAUUCGUCCACAGCACCAUCCUCUCGGCUUCCCUGCGAGCUAUCGCCCCGUGAGGAGAAGAAAUAAGCAAUUCAGUGUUCCAGGAGGCUGGUGGAAUGUGCUGAGUCCGGGAGCUGUCCGCGUUGAUGUGGUGCUGAAACAGCGAGCGAGAAUGUAAAGGAGAGAGCGACACACACUCUCAAACGCAGGCUAGCAAGACAAUACACUGGAUCUGGGGCAACACCGCGGUUCACAAUCAGACUGCACGCUGAAGCUAAGAAUACUCUGAGAAAAUGCCUGAACAGAGCAAUGAUUAUAAUGUGGUGGUGUUUGGGGCAGGGGGUGUUGGAAAAAGCUCCCUGGUGCUACGUUUCGUCAAAGGGACAUUUCGCGAGACCUACAUCCCCACUAUUGAAGACACCUACAGGCAAGUAAUCAGCUGUGAUAAAAGUGUCUGCACCCUGCAGAUCACUGACACCACAGGCUCACACCAAUUCCCAGCCAUGCAGCGCCUCUCCAUUUCCAAGGGACAUGCUUUCAUCUUGGUCUACUCAAUCUGCAGCCGCCAGUCCCUGGAGGAGCUGAAACCUAUCUAUCAACAGAUCCUUCAGAUCAAAGGCAAUAUUGAAAAUAUCCCUGUCAUGUUGGUCGGGAACAAGUGUGAUGAAACAGUCAAGGAGGUGGACAGUAAAGUGGGGGAAGCUUUGGCUAAGGAGUGGAAGUGUGCCUUCAUGGAAACUUCUGCCAAGAUGAAUUACAAUGUCAAGGAGCUUUUUCAGGAACUGCUUAAUUUGGAAAAGCGUAGAUCCAUGAGUCUGAAUAUUGAUGGGAAGAAGUCCAAACAACAAAAGCGAACAGAGAAAUUGAAGGGAAAAUGCAGCAUCAUGUAGACUCUACUCUUCAGUCAAAAUGGUGGCUUUGCUUACCUGAAUACAACUGUUAGAACAACUCUAAGUCAGACCAUCAAAGCUGCACCAUCCUCUGUUGCAUACUCACCCUAUAUCCCAUUCUCUAUAAGCUUACUGGAAAUCUGUACCUCACCAAUAUCAGAUUUCAUUAUUUCAUGCAUUGCACUUUCUAGUUAUUUGCAGUUAUGGCAAUAACACUUCUUUAACAUUCUGCACAUAUAAAUAACAAAUAAAUUAAUCAAAAGCAACACUAUGUGGCUCAGAAACAAAGAUGAACUUUAGCUGGUCCGCACUGGAAACACUACUCAAUGGACUUGAUACAGGAGUUUCUUUGAGUGUCCAUUCUUCUGUGUAAUCCCUUGCAUUGUGAAGUUCUAGGUAGGUUGGUAGAUGCAUAUAUAACCCUGGUAGGUACGGUUAGUUUAUGUAUUCUGGGUUUUUGUGGCUAUUCGCCCAUACCCCUUCAUCCUAAAAACAUUGACUGAAUGUAUUAACUUUUUAAACUUAAAAUGUAAAAAGCACACACUGUAAUCUCAGUAGAUUUUGUAGCCUAUGGUAUAAGUUGCCACAACUGAGUAUAAUAGCUAUUAUAAUUCAAUAGUAGUUACACAAUGGUAAUGCUGUCCAGCUUUAAAAGUUGUAUAACUAUUUUCAACCUUAUUUAAGUAAUGUUAGUUACUCUUCAUAUCUAAUUAUGGUAACUAGGAGUUACCAGGAUAAGGACAAGCAAUGACAAUAGAAGCACAACAUUGAACAGAUAAGAACAAGCCAAGCAACACGCAGACCCUGCAUCAAAUACCCCAUGGAUAUAAAACACGGUCCAAGUGCCUAUUGAAGGAUGGGGAAGUAGUAAAAGAGAUUACACAACUUAUUCCACUGAUGUUUUGCACUAGAUACCUUAGUUUAGUUUCAACUUUCCACUGUUCCUACACACAAAAAAAAACUAUAUGAUCUGGAAUUAAGCACUUGACUGCUUGGAAAUUUUUGGAGUAUGUAGAAAGCACUGGGGCACAGCUCUCAAUCCAUUUCAAAGUUCUUUAAAGAGGAUGUUUGCUUAAUUUUAGAGAAAGAAUUAUAUACAUUACAAAUUAAUACAGGGAAGAAUUGUAAAAAAUUUAGCCUCUUUUAUUUUUGGCUAAUGCACAAUAAUUGUUCUUGAAUUAGGCAUAUCCUCAUCAUUACAGAACAGUAUAGCAGCAAAGCCAGUAAACGUUCCAACACGCACGUAGCUUACCAGUUCAUGACCUACUAUUUUGCAGAAAGGUUGGUUUACUGAUGAACUUUUCUGAAUUGUCAGCACAUCAAACAAUGAUAUUAUUCUCAGGUUUGAGAAUAUUUUGAGAAGUAUAAUUGCAUUGAUCUUGCCAACACAUGUACUUGAUCUUUUUUUUUAAGUUUGUGCUGAAAUAUUGUUGCAUAUGUCAUCAUAAGUAUUCUGGUAAUUUUCAUGGAUGGAUCAGUAAAUCAUUUGACAUCUUGAUAUCAGUAUUCUAUUCACCAGAUAUUAUCACAUGGAUCAUAAUGCCCUGAUAGUGUAACCUCAGCACACACAUCAAAAGACACAAUCUUUUGAAUCAGAGGGAUUCACUGUCCACACAGGCUGCAGCAUCAAAAACAAUGUUGUGUAAUUGCAUUAUGUUCAAUGGAGAAACUAUACUGAGAUUGCCAAAAGUCAUAUUAAUGGUCUCCAUUAUGCAGAGGAUUGCUUGACCUGGAUUUUCAAAUUCCCAUUGCAAAUUUGGAUAAAUAUGAUUUACCCAUAGAUGUUUUGUGAGCUUCCUGAUGACUGCCUGUUGGCUCCAGAACAGUUAUUGAUUUGUUUCUUAUUCUCAGUACAUCUCAACCAAUGAUUUCCCCAUUUUCCAUCCUUCACAAUUUCAAGGAGACAAAUUGACUACUGGUUGAUAACUAUUUGCCCCGUGGAAUGAUGCAAGGAGAGCUUACACAGAAUUUCAGUCUGAGGCAUACAUACCAGCUUUUCAUAAUGCUGAUAGCUAGUUAACUUACAUAGCAUUAUGCAACAAUUGAGUUACUAUGUUAGUGAGCACAGGCUUUACUUAGAGGUGCAUGUGAACUUGGAAUAGCAGCCAGAUUGAAUACUGUGGGCUGACCAAUUACUGUAUCUGCAUUAUGUGCAGUGCAUUAGAAUUUAGGCCAUGGGGCAUUAAAGUGUUGACCAUGUAUAAUAGAUGUUUGCAUCAUGACAUCUAUUUACUCCAAUGCAUGAAGGGUCAUCAGUUGACAAUGCAGCUCCAACAGGCUAGAAAUACACAGGAUAAUAUUUUUUAUAAAAUUUACUGUUUAUUGUAGAAGAUAGUCUUCCUUUAACAUGUUGCCAUCACUCCUCUCUGUAACAUGUUUGCUGAAUGUCUUUUUACAAAUAAAAUGCUG